AUGGCGGCGGCAGCGCCUGCUGCUGCGGCGGCGGCGGCGGCGGCUUCUCCCGACGCGCCGGCCGUCACGGGCACGGCGGAAGCCGAGACGGGAGACGAGGACAGUCGUGAGGUCCGAGUGCUGCAGAGCCUGCGCGGCAGGAUCUAUGAAGCAAAAAAUUUAUUGCCAUAUCUUGGACCCAACAAAAUGCGAGAUUGUUUCUGCACAAUAAAUUUGGACCAGGAAGAAGUUUAUCGCACCCGGGUUGUCGAAAAGUCAUUAAGACCAUAUUUCAGUGAAGAAUUUUAUUUUGAGAUUCCAAGAACUUUCCAGUAUUUAUCUUUUUAUGUUUAUGAUAAAAAUGUUUUACAAAGAGAUCUUCGUAUAGGAAAAGUAGCCAUCAAAAAAGAAGACUUGUGUAAUCAUAGUGGUAAAGAAACUUGGUUUUCACUUCAGCCUAUUGACUCAAAUUCAGAAGUUCAGGGGAAAGUUCACCUUGAAUUAAAACUGAAUGAAUUGAUAACAGAGAAUGGAACUGUGUGCCAGCAGCUUGUUGUACACAUCAAGGCAUGCCAUGGGUUGCCUCUCAUAAAUGGACAAAGCUGUGAUCCUUAUGCAACAGUUUCCCUAGUGGGCCCUUCUAGGAACGACCAAAAGAAGACAAAAGUAAAGAAGAAAACAAGCAAUCCGCAGUUUAAUGAAAUCUUUUAUUUUGAGGUAACCAGGUCCAGUAGUUACACCAGGAAGUCCCAGUUCCAGGUGGAAGAAGAGGACAUUGAAAAGUUGGAAAUCAGGAUUGACUUGUGGAAUAAUGAAAACCUAGUCCAAGAUGUUUUUUUGGGAGAAAUUAAGGUUCCUGUGAAUGUGUUAAGAAAUGAUUCCUCUCAUCAAGCCUGGUAUUUGCUGCAACCAAGAGACAAUGGAAACAAGUCAUCUAAAACUGAUGACCUGGGAUCACUUCGAUUAACUCUGUGUUACACAGAAGACUAUGUACUUCCAUCAGAGUACUAUGGGCCAUUGAAAACUUUGCUGCUCAAAUCACCAGAUGUUCAGCCAGUAUCCGCCUCAGCUGCUUAUAUUUUGGGUGAAAUAUGUCAGGAUCAAAAGGAUGCUGUUUUGCCUCUUGUACGACUAUUGCUGCAUCACAAUAAACUUGUUCCUUUUAUCACUGCGGUGGCUGAACUGGACUUGAAGGAUACUCAAGAUGCAAGCACAAUUUUUAGAGGAGAUUCCCUGGCUACCCGGUGUCUGGAUGAGAUGAUGAAAAUAGUGGGAGGGCACUACUUGAAAGUCACAUUAAAGCCUGUUCUAGACGAGAUAUGUGAAUCCUCAAAACCCUGUGAAAUAGAUCCUGUUAAGUUGAAAGAGGGAGAUAAUGUGGAAAAUAAUAAGGAGAAUCUGCACUACUAUGUGGACAAAGUAUUCAAUACGAUUGUAGGAUCAAGUGUGAGCUGCCCCACUGUGAUGUGUGAUAUCUUUUAUUCCCUGAGGCAGAUGGCUACUAAGAGAUUUCCUAAUCACCCUCAUGCUCAGUACUGUGCAGUGAGCAGCUUUGUGUUCCUCCGUUUCUUUGCUGUAGCGAUACUGUCACCUCAUACUUUUCAUUUGCGACCUCAUUAUCCAGAUACACAGACAAAUAGGACAUUAACUCUCAUCUCAAAAACCAUUCAGAGUUUGGGAAAUUGGGGAAGUCUAUCCAGAAGAAAGCCACGUUUCAAAAAGUCAGUCAUGUCUGAAUUUCUCAAAAUGUUUCAAGAAGAAAGAUAUUUUACAGAUGUGAAAAAGUUCUUAGAUGAAAUUUCAUCUACAGAAAGUAAAGAGUCCAGUGGGACGAGUGAACCUGUGCACCUGAAAGAAGGUGAGAUGUAUAAAAGAGCUCAAGGAAGAACUCGUAUUGGAAAAAAGAAUUUCAAGAAACGGUGGUUCUGCUUGACAAGCAGAGAGCUCACCUACCACAAACAGCAAGGCAAAGAUGCAAUUUACACUAUUCCAGUAAAAAAUAUUCUUGCUGUGGAAAAACUGGAAGAAAGCUCUUUUGGCAAGAAAAACAUGUUCCAAGUGAUCCAUACGGAGAAAACACUCUACGUCCAAGCGAACAACUGUGUGGAAGCCAACGAGUGGAUAGACGUGCUGUGCAGGGUGAGCAGGUGCAACCACAACAGGCUCAGUUCUUUCCAUCCUUCAGCGUAUCUCAACGGAAACUGGCUCUGCUGCCAGGAGACGAGUGAAAACACCCCAGGCUGCAAGCCGUGUACUGCAGGUAUCCCUGCAGAUAUCCAGAUAGAUAUCGAUGAAGAUAGAGAAACCGAAAGAGUUUAUUCUCUUUUUACCCUCAGUUUACUUAAGCUGCAGAAAAUGGAAGAGGCUUGUGGGACAAUAGCAGUCUAUCAAGGGCCACAGAAAGAGCCUUUUGAUUCCAGCUUCACCAUUGAGGAUUCUGUUACCACCUUUAAGACAAUCCAGCAAAUAAAAAGCAUCAUAGAGAAGUUAGAUGAGCCUCACGAGAAAUACAGAAAGAAAAGAUCAAGUAGUGCAAAAUAUGGAAGCAAGGAAAAUCCAAUAGGUGGGAAAAUAUCAUAGUUUGACCAACUGAUGGAGGACUGGAAAAGACUUUUUCAUGGAGUUUUUCAAUUCACCUUGUUUUGUUCUUAGUAUGUAAGAGCGGACGUUGGCUUUGAUGACACCUGCUUUCAUAUUGUAUUUAAUAUUUAACAAAUUAACUUUUGGGAAUCCUGAUAUUGAUGAGUUUAUUACUAGAGAAUAUGAAACCCAAGAUUUUCUUGGUAUCCAUGCAUCCGAAUCCAUGUCUCUGCAACUUCCUUUUGAUAGAAUCUUUCUGAAGAAGGUUCCUAAGAAGCUUUGCAAUAAAGGGAGCACUUCAUAGUCAGAACCCAUCUCCACCAGUAGCAAUCUGUUGUGUGGAUUCACUUUCACUACCGUUAGUGCCUGCAAUAUACUGCCAACCUUGUGUUUCACUAGAAAAUUCUAGUUCCUUGUCAAUUCAGAACUUUUGAGUUCAUCUGGACCCUCCAUCUUUAAAAAAAGAAAAAAAACAAAAACAAAAACCUUUUCCUCUGUUGUGUCAGCCAUUACAGGUUAGAGACAGAGACGAAGACCUCAGUGGUGGAUGUCUCGCCUGGUCACAGGUGUAAGAGUGCUCAGAUAGAGAUCAGGGAAUGUGUGCUCCUGUGUGCACCAUGUUUACAUUUGCAAUGAGUAGUGACAGAUGAAACAAAAUGAGACCACUAAGAUGUUCUCCAUUGUUUUAAAUAUCAGGUACUCAUUUUCUUAAUUUGAGAAUUCAGUUUAACGUUACUCCUGAGGGCAAUUCUUCCCAACCAGAAGAGAAAUAGUGAAGAAGGUAGUGAGAACUUCACUUGACCUUGUCUGCUGUUUGAUGUCAUAAUAAGGUGUGUAAGGAUGCCCACCAUAGUGUUAGGUCCUGCUCUAACUCAAGAACAGUCACUUGGCGCACUUUAAUAAUCUGGCACAUUCCAGAUUGUAGUUAGAUACUCCAUGGUAUCUGUCUUUUUAUGAUCAGUUGAAUGAUCAGUGUUUAAAUCUAGAACAGUGCUUUCCUGAAAAUGUUUAUAUUUUAUUGCUGUUCCUUAUUGCCUGCUAGCCAAAUGUUUUUCCUUUCUCUACUUUGGUCCUAAAAAAAACAUAACUGUAAAUAAGCAGUUGAAGCAAGUGCUACCCUGAAGAGGAGUGAUACACUUGGCUUCAUCAGUAUUAAAAAAACAUGGUACUUACUUGUCUUUUUUAAUUCAAAACAUUUUCUAAGUGUGGUACUUUGAACCUUGGGGUAUUUACAUAUGUUCCUGUUGAAAACUGUGACUUACUGGUUUAAGUCUUAACUAGCUGUGAUGUUCUGUUUUGUUGAGCUUAAGCUGUAUUUCAGAUUUUAUUUACCAAUUAUGUUGUUGCUGGGUACUUAUUUUUACUUUGUUAUUAGGUAAUUAUUUUUAAAGGUCAUUAACACAGAGAGUUGUCCCAUUAAAAAUCAUGACUUGGAAAAAAAAUUUUUCUAAAUGACUUUUAAAAAUCAGUACUGGGCUACAUCGUGCUUAGUUGUGGCUCCAGGCCCAUACUAGAGUUUAGAAGAGUCCUUUACUCUGACAGACCUACAGAUCCCAUUAACUACACUGUUGUAGAUUAACUUUAUCAUUUAAUAAAUUUCUCAUGAACUUAAUAUUAAAAUUCUUACUUAGAUUCUCCAAAAUGUCUACCUACUAGUCAGAGUUCAAGACUCUUGAGUGGUUUUGAAUCUUCUUUUGGUUGUUUUGUUUGGGUUUUUUUCUACCGCCUCCCCCCAAAAAAUAAUAAAAGGAACUACUUCCUAAGGAUUUCUUGUUGUUUUGAGACAAGCCCUGGCUGGCCUGCCUGCAACGCACAGAGGCCACCUGCCUCUGCCUCUGUCUCGUGAGCGCUGGGACUAAAGAUGUGCACCACUGCAUCCAGCGCUAACAUUUCUAAUACCACACUCGUUACAUUUUUUUUCCGAGACAGGGUUUCUCUGUGUAGCCUUGGCUGUCCUGGACUCACUUUGUAGACUAGGCUAGCUUCAAACUCACAUAGAUCCGCCUGCCUCUGCCUCCCCGAGUGCUGGGAUUACAGGCGUGCACCACUGUGCUGCCUGUACAAAUAUUUUUAAUGAUCAUAGGGUCAAAGGGGCCAAAGCUGUGUACAUGUAUGACUCUGUGUUUGAGAGCUCAACAUUCUAGUUCUUUUACUCAUAAGACCCUUUACACAGCCAACUUGAGUGAAAUUAAUUGGCCAGCUUGGCACAAUGUAAAAAGAGAAAAAUAAAACUAAUGUCUUUUUUUUUUUUUUUUAGAUUAAGUCUUUUUCAGUGAGAAAUCAUGUCCACAGGACCCCAUGACAAUCAAGGCUCCUCUAGUAGCCUUCUCCUUUGUUAUGCUCUUGAGUACUUUUGAGUCUUAACUCCAUGGUCUCCUUUCUCUACGUUUUACAAAGAGCAUUUAGAAAAUGUAUAGACACAUAUGGCAGCUCACCUCCUCUCCCUGAAAACCUGGAGUAUGCAGAAAGGACAGAAGAGGGUGAUAGGGAGAGACUGUUACCAUAGACAGUCACAACUCUGACUCCUGGUGGAGCUGUGGCCACCCAUGGAGAUUGUGCUGAUCUGUUAUGUAUUUUUAGUUUGUUUUAAAAUCGUCAUCUGAUAAGACAAUGGGCAAUAGCAAAGGCUUUUACUCCCAUGAAUAUAAUUUAGAAGUCGAACUAUUUUGUUUACCAAAGAAAUACAUUUUUAAUAUCACGGGUAAUAGCUGAGUCAAAACUGGGCUUAUUUUACCAACAGAAAAUAUCAUAUGACUGAUGGCUGUGGCUUUUGUUUGUGUUUCCAAGGCCUGAUUUCAUUCUUUUACAGGAAAAGCUCAUUCAAGCCAGGUUUUAAAGAACAUAUUUCUUUUAAGUGAACGCACCUUCUAAUUUGCUUAAAAAUACUGUUGAAUGGCCUAUAAAGACAGACUCUGCAGAGCUUUCUUGUGUCCUCACAUAUGUGACAAAUUAAAAACUCAUUCUAGAGUUAAAUUACUGAUCUUAAUUGAUGUUACCUGCUUCCAUUUUUAACUUGGAAAUUAAUGUGUUGUUAGUAAAUAUUGGUUUUUACAGUCUCUAGUUUGAAAAUGUAAGUUAUCAAACAUAAUAUAGUGAAUUUGUGUAACCAUGUUGUAUUGUU